AUGACAUCGUUCGGUGGCACGUUCGUUGCCGGACUGCAGAGAGGACGUGGCGGAUGUGCGACAUUCAGAGUUUCCGGUCAAACAUAUCAUACGCUGAAUCCGUUGCUACCACCGUUAAUAUCUGUUGACAACUACGACAAUUAUCGCGAACAUCCGAAUGUCGCCGAUAGCGGCGACGGCGCCACGAGACGAUAUCCGUUAGAAGUGUAUAUGAUUGAUCUUGAACAGCAGCGGGAACACGCUACCGACAGAACGUUGGACGUAACACUGUGCGAACAGCUACGACAAAUGCUACGGUCCGUAAAUCCAUACGUGUCGCGAUUCGUAACAUUUGCCACGUCUGACAAUGCCAUCGGCAACGAUCAAGUGAUCGUGUUGCCGGCCGUCGCCGCUACUACGUCGUUCGCGCCCGUUGAACCGAUUACUAUAGAACAGCAGCGACUACACGAUCGUGGCGAGGAUACACGUGAAAUGGCCGCGCUGAUGCACGCGGAAACCGCGUAUAUGGAUAGGCGUAACGGCAUCGUACAGCUACGCGAGGACGAGAGCCACGAUACUCGCGUCGAACGACGUCGACGGAUGAGCGAGCUGCAUCGAUCGUCCGAUGCGCUCCAGUAUCCGUUGAUGUUUCCGUUUGGCGACGACGCAUACACGACGGCAAUCGACGCGGCGGCAGCAGCAACGUCGGCGGGAACGGCCACUGGGUCUAACAACACCACGGUAGCCGCUGCCGACGUUGGCCGACGCAUCGCGUUUUCACCGUCGUACACCGGUUCGCCGCAGAAUCUACACCACUGCAUACAGUCAGUGUUUACAUACGUACGUGAGUACGGCAAUCCGCACGUGUUCAUUACCAUGACCUGUAAUCCAUACUGGACAGAGGUAACAAAUGCGUUGCUGUCCGGUCAACAGGUGUACGACCGGUACGAUCUGUUGUGUCGCGUAUUCCGGUUAAAGCUCGACAGACUGGUGAACGCGGUGUGCGGCAAACACGGCGUAUUUGGCGAGACACGAUGUUACUCGUACAACGUCGAGAUACAGAAAUGUGGACUACCACACGUACACAUGGUCGUGUGGCUGAAACCCGGACCGCGAUCCAAACCUACACGACAUUGUCGUAAGUUGCCGGCCGGCGGCGGCGGCGAUUGUCAACAGGAAUAUACGCUGGACAACCGCUGGGUCAUACUGUACUGUCCGCUGUUGUCACGAGCACUGAAUACGCAUGUAAACGUUGAAGCGAUUGACUUGCUGUACGUGCUCAUUUAUCUGACCAAGAUGAUAGACUCGUCGGCGAUCGGCGAGAGAUAUGCGCCAACCGCAACGAUGACAAACGUAGACGAUGAUGCGUCGCACGAUUAUGUACACGGUCGUUACUUCAGCACAGCCGAAGCCGUGUGGAGAAUAUUUGCGUUCCGCACAUACGGUAAUUGGCCGCCAGUGAUCACGCUCGACGUGCAUCUACCAGACGAGGAACGUAUUCUACUGCCAGACGACGAACGUCAGCCGUUGGUCAGCGUGCUGCCACCACAGCCGCCGGCUAUUACGUUGAUUGCGUUCUGUUAG